CCUUGUCCUAGAAGACACUUCAACGUAUUUGUUUAGUUGUUCUAGUAUUAGUUCUUCAGUGCAAACUCGGUCACAUUUAUAUGAGUCUUCAGAACUUGAACACAUUCGAUCCUUUCGCCGACACUGGUGACGACGACACUCAACCAACUAACUACAUCCACAUCCGUAUUCAGCAGAGAAACGGUCGUAAGACGUUAACUACAGUCCAAGGUGUUCCAGAUGAGUACGAUUUGAAGAGAAUCUUGAAGGUUUUGAAGAAGGACUUUGCCUGUAACGGUAACAUUGUCAAGGACGAUGAGCUUGGUGAGGUUAUCCAAUUGCAAGGAGAUCAAAGAGUCAAAGUUAUGGAGUUCUUGACAACCCAGUUGGCACUUCCAAAGAAGAACAUCAAGAUCCACGGUUUCUAAACUGACCCUGGUGGAUAUCUGUUCAGGGAGUGGAAUCGGCUCUUGUGCUACGUGGUGUAGUGCCCAUCGGUUUGAUAGAUAUAAGCUUUGCAAGUGUAUCAAUAGACUCCCGGGUACUUCAGGAAUUGUACUGUAUGUUCAACCCUUCCCUGGCCUUUUCUUCUUAUCACUGUGUUUUUCUUUU